UGAGGAGCAACACUGUUAAGUGAGGAGCAGCUCUGUUUAGUGCAAAUAAAAAUAAACAAAUGCGGCGCCUGUUACAAAAUAAGAAUUCCGGACAAUUCAAUGUCUGGCAGCUGAUCAGUCGAAAUGUAAGCAACAAUAGCGCCGACUACGCCAUUCACAGGCCGCAAUUGGAGCCACAAAAGCCAACGCAGACCACAACGGAUGAUGUCAGCAGAGAAGAUAAAUUUAGUGCCAAAUAUUGCAUGGGCCUUGUGGAGAAAUAUGAUUAUGAGAACUAUCUGAGCACUUUGCUGCUGCCCAAGGAGCUGCGUCCGGCGGCCUUUGCACUGCGCGCCUUCAACGUGGAAAUCUCACGCUCUGUCAGCGCUCAGCUCACCGAACCACAAAUAGCCAAAUUGAGGCUCAAGUUUUGGUACGACUCCAUAGACAAGUGCUUUGAGCCGGAAUCUAGUAAAUCUUAUGUUAAGGAUCAGCCCGUGUUGCGAGAACUGCGGCGCACCGUGGGCACAACCAAACUGAAUAAAUUAUAUUUGCGCCGACUGGUCACGGCUCGUGAACGUCCCUCGAAUCAGGCGUUCGAGACCCUGCGUGAGUUGGAGGACUAUGCGGAUCAGACAUGCUCAUCGCUACUGCAUCUGCUGGUGCAGCUUAGCGGCGUGCAGGACUUGCAAGUGGACCAUGCCGCCUCGCAUAUAGGCAAGGCGCAGGGCAUAGCGAUGCUGAUCCGUGCCAUACCCCACGCUGGCCGCCAGCAGGCGGUCUGUGUGCCCCUCGAGAUCCUCAUGCGUCACGGCGUCAGCCAGGAGCGCAUUCUGCGCAGCGAACACAACGACAAGGGCGUCGAGGAGUGCAUCUUCGAGGUGGCCAGUGCAUCAAGUACGCAUCUGAAGCUCGCCCGUCAGCUAUCGCCCCAGGUUCCGAAACUGGUGCGCAAGAUUUUUUUGCCUGCCGUCGCAACGGAUGGUUAUUUGGAGCGCCUGAGGCGAGCGCGCUUCCUAUUAACGCAUCCGAGUUGCAUAAAGCGCGACACCAUGUUGCCCGCUCGUUUAUUCUGGAAGACGCUGUUCAGCAAAUACUAGAAUUAGUUGGCGAAUUGUUUUAAAAUCAGUUAAUUAUUAAAGGCGAUUUAAAGCUCGAACUUUCGCAUGUA